AUGUCAAAGGAAGGAGAGUCUAUUUUCACAUUUGGAGACAAAGGCCCAGAGAAACUCUGUAAACCAGCCUGCUGCAUUCCUUACAAAAACAUGUUUCUCGUAUCUGAUAGAGAGAACCACUGUAUUAAAGCUUUUGAUCAGUCAAGAACAUUCUUAUACAAGUUUGGCAUAGAAGGGAAUCAAGAUGGACAAUUUAAAUGUCCCAGUGGUUUGCUUGUAGACAGCUCCAAUAAUCUUCUAGUAUGUGACUUUGGCAAUAGCCGAGUUCAGCAGUUUUCUUUAGACGGUCGCUUCACCGGCAAAAGUAUCACUCGUUUAUCUAAGCCUAUGGUGAUAACAACAGCACCAGACGGGCGUAUUCUUGUUACUAGCUAUGAUGAGAAAAAAGUGUACAUUUUGAAAUAG